GCACACGUUGCUAUAAAACACGCGGGCAGGGUUUGGGCAGCAGUGGAUUUGUCCUGUUGAAUUUCCUCAUUGAGCACUGAAUACUGAAAAUGUCCGGUCGUGGAAAGAAAGUCGCCGCCGUUAAGGCCAAGUCCAGCAUGACUCGUUCUUCCCGCGCUGGUCUACAAUUCCCUGUCGGUCGUAUCGCCCGCUUGCUGCGCAAAGGCAACUAUGCAAAGCGCAUUGGAAGCGGGGCGUCCGUCUACCUGGCUGCCGUGAUCGAGUACCUGUGCGCCGAGAUUUUGGAGUUGGCUGGUAACGCCAGCAAGGAUAACAAGAAAAGGAGGAUCUCACCCCGUCACAUCCAGCUCGCUGUUAGGAACGACGAGGAGCUCAACACCCUGCUCGGAGGGGUAACGAUCUCGGAGGGCGGUGUACUUCCAAACAUCCACGCUCAGCUGCUACCCAAGAAGACCAUGAGGGCUGACACAAGCAAAGAUGUGAAUUCCCAAGAGUUUUAGGUGUUUUUUU